CUGAGCUGACUUACGGCAGCUGGUCCGUUUUACGACAGCUGCUCAUUUCCGGCACCUAUGGCCGCGUGGGUUCUCCAGCAGCGUGUAAACUGAACGCAGUGCCGCAAGUCCAGAAGAAGAAGAAGUUUAUUUAUUAGAUCUGUUGCUUGAAGAUGUCUUUCCGUGGAGGAGGAGGGAGAGGAGGCCGAGGAGGAGGAGGAGGAUUUGGUAGAGGAGGAGGAGGAGGAUUUGGUAGAGGAGGAGGAAGGGGAGGAUUUGGAGGAAGAGGAGGAUUUGGAGGAAGAGGAGGAGGCAGAGGAGGAUUUAACAGACAGCAGGAUUUCGGUCCUCCAGAACAUGUUGUCGCACUGGGAGAGUUCGUGCACCCGUGUGAAGACGACAUUGUGUGUAAGUGUGUGACGGAGGAAAACAAGGUGCCCUACUUCAACGCGCCCGUGUACCUGGAGAACAAGGAGCAGAUCGGCAAAGUGGACGAGAUCUUCGGCCAGCUCCGAGACUUCUAUUUUUCAGUCAAACUGUCAGAAAACAUGAAGGCAUCAUCAUUCAAGAAAUUACAGAAGUUCUACAUCGACCCGGCGAAGCUGUUGCCCCUCCAGAGGUUCCUCCCGAGACCACCGGGUGAGAAAGGACCUCCUCGAGGAGGCAGAGGAGGGGGCAGAGGGGGAGGACGAGGAGGUGGGUUCCGAGGGGGCCGAGGUGGUGGUGGUGGUCGCGGUGGUGGAUUCGGAGGAGGUAGAGGAGGAGGGUUCAGAGGAGGAAGAGGAGGAGGAGGAGGCCGUGGAUUUAGAGGUGGAAGAUGAUGGAGAACCGUGCGCUCACUUUACUCCUGCCUCAGAGGAAACCCUCACACCGAGACGCCACAAACGGACGAUCGGUUUCCUCGCUCUUCCGCUCACCGCCUCUUCUAUCCGGCGCAACCUCGAUUUUUUUAUUAUUUCAGUUUUAAUGUGUAUAUUUUCAGGGGUGCGAUUGAUGCUAAAUGUCCAGAACGGUGCUUGAAUAUCGCGUUGGACUCAGUAUGUUAGGAAGCAGUGACUAUAAUCAUCACACCUUUUAUACGUAACGUGAAAACAUUCAUACUUUUGUUACUGCAGAGAUAUGAAUGGAUCUGAAUUGUACAAUAGCAGCGCUAGCAUGCUAGCGCUAAAUAAAACCUAUCGUGUUUGUA